AGGACGGUUUGCGCUCACUCAAAUCUUGCUUGAAAGAUGAAGAUGCAUUUCAUUAUGCCCAAUAUGUUUUGAGAUGGCAGAAAAUACCUGCAGAUCAACGCGCUCAUUUGAUGAGGGAAAAACAGGUGCGAUCGAUAAAUGGUUGCUUCUUCUUCUUCUUCUUUUUCUUCUUCUGGCUUUGGUUGGAAAUACGAUGUGUUCAUCAAUUUCAGAGGGGAAGACACUCGCAGGGGCUUCGUCAGCCAUCUCUACAACGCUCUGGCUAAGAAACCAAUCAACGCCUUCAUUGAUGCCGAAAAGUUCAGAAAAGGCGACCACCUUUCCGAGCUCCUGACAGCGAUUCAAGAGUCGAGGCUUUCGAUUGUAGUUUUCUCUCAAAACUAUGCUUCUUCCACUUGGUGCUUGAAGGAACUCGUGCAAAUCCUGGAAUGCAGUACCAAUAACCAGAUUGUACUCCCCAUUUUCUAUGAAGUUGAUCCGUCUGAUGUUCGUAAACUCAAGAAAAGUUUCGCGGAAGCUUUUGCUCAGCACGAUAUCGAUUCUAACGCCGAAAUAGAGGAGGUUCGGAGCUGGAGAUCCGCUCUUACAACUGCCACCAGUUUAGCCGGCUGGGAUUCGCGAAACUAUGAGAAUGAUGUGGUGCUUAUUGAGGAAAUUGUAGAAGAUGUUUAUAGGAAAUUGAUAGACAUCUCAUCAACAUCAAGCAAAGAUAAUGGCUUGGUUGACAUGGAUUCUCACAUGCAUGAAAUGCAUUUAUUAUUAUAUCCUCCCGGAGGUGAAACGAAUAAUGUUCGCGUUGUUGGAAUAUGGGGUAUGGGUGGUUUAGGCAAAACAACCAUCGCUAGAACUGUUUAUGAUGAAAUCUCUUGUCGAUUUGAAGCUGGUUGCUUUCUUAAAAAUGUCAAGGAGGGUUUCAUGAAGCAGGGUGAACUACAUAUGCAGACACUACUUCUAUCUAGUAUCUCAGACAACAAGGUGGGGAUUUCUGACAUAUUGAGUAAAGGUUUCCAGGUGAUGUUAAAAAGCCUUGGUCAGAGAAAAGUUCUUAUUGUUGUUGAUGAUGUGGACAAAUUAGAACAAAUUGAAGCUUUACUUGGAGAGCAACAUUCCUUUGGUGGUGGAAGUAGGAUUAUUAUAACAAGUAGAGAUUCGCAGUUACUAAGCAUAGCUGAUGUGAUAUAUAAUCCCAAGACUUUGAGUGAUUCUGGAGCUCUGAAACUCUUUAGGCAGCACGCCUUCAGAAAUGACCAACCCACUAGAGAUUAUGAUGAUCUCUCGAAUCGUGUUGUAGAAUAUGCUCAAGGUCUGCCUUUAGCCCUCAAAGUCUUGGGAGCUUUUUUGCAUAAAAAAACCAUACGCGUGUGGGAAGGUGAGUUGGAAAAAAUAAGGAAAAUCCCACAAAGGGGAGUUCAUGAUGUGCUUAAAACAAGCUUCGAUGGACUAGAUGACACGCAGAAGGACAUCUUUCUAGAUAUUGCAUGUUUCUUUAAAGGGAUGAAGGAAGACCAGGCAACUGAAAUUCUGGACAGUUGUGGUUUCCAUCCUCAUACAGGAAUAAAAGUUCUAAUCGAUCGAUCUCUCAUAACUGUCUCAAGGUUGGGGGAAUUGGAGAUGCAUGAUUCAUUAGAGGAAAUGGGUUGGGAAAUUGUCCGCCAAGAAUCUAUCAAAGAUCCUGGGAGACGAAGUAGGUUGUGGAGUUAUGAAGAUGUUCGUCAGGUGCUAACUGAAAAUGCGGCUACAAAAACAGUUGAAAGCAUAAUUGUGGAUUUCUCGUACUCAGGCUGGCCAUGCUUAAAUGCUGAAGCUUUUGGUAGAAUGACUCAACUAAGACUUCUCAAGAUCAGUCAUAGGCACUUAAAUGCUGAAUCUGUUGUUAGAAGGACUCAACGAAGACUUCUCAAGAUCAGUCAUCAUAGGAACUUAAAUGCUGAAGCUGUUGUUGGAAGGACUCAACAAAGACUUCUCGAGAUCAGUCAUAGGCACUUCGUUUUUAAAGAUGAGUACUGCAAACAAUACCUGUUUGGGUCCUUAAAGUUGCUUAACCUGAGGUAUCUCUCCUGGCUUGAUUUCCCUCUCAAGUCUUUGCCAUCCAACUUUCAAUUCGAAAAUCUUGUUGAACUUGACAUGCAAUAUAGUCUCAUUGAUCGACUUUGGGAAGGAACCCAGACGCAGGAAAAGUUGAAAUUCAUCAAUUUAAGUCAUUGUCAAUCCCUUAAGGAAACCCCUGACUUCACAAAUGUGCCAAAUCUUGAGAGGCUAAUUGUUCGAAGUUGUAUAAGCUUAGUUGAGGUUCACGCGUCUAUUUCGACUCUUACAAACCUUGUUUUAUUGGAUCUGAAUUGGUGCGCGGAACUUAAGAUUCUACCCAGCAAAAUUCGUAUGAGAUCUCUCAAAACCUUUGAUCUUUCUGGCUGCUCCAAUCUUGAGAUGUUUCCAGAGAUUUCAAAAGGUAUGGAGGAGUUAGAAAAACUUAAUUUAUCCUAUUCAAAAAUUAAAGAACUGCCCCCAUCAAUUAAUAAUCUCACGGGGUUGAGUCAUUUGAACCUAUCACAUUGCAAGGAACUUAAGAUUCUACCUAGCAAAAUUCGUAUGAGAUCUCUCAAAACCUUUAAUCUUCUUGGCUGCUCCAGUCUCGAGAUGUUUCCAGAGAUUUCAAAAGGUAUGAAAGAGUUAGAAGAACUUAAUUUAUCCAGGUCAAAAAUUAAAGAACUGCCCCCAUCAAUUAAUAAUCUCACGGGGUUGAGUCAUUUGAACCUAUCAAAUUGCAAGGAACUUAAGAUUCUACCCAGCAAAAUUCGUAUGAGAUCUCUCAAAACCUUUAAUCUUUCUCGCUGCUCUAGUCUUGAGAUGUUUCCAGAGAUUUCGGAAGGUAUGGAGGAGUUAGAAGAGCUUAAUUUAUCCUGGUCAAAAAUUAAAGAACUGCCCCUGUCAAUUAAUAAUCUCACAGGGUUGAGUCAUUUCAACCUAAAAGAUUGCAAGGAACUUAAGAGUCUUCCCAGCUGCAUUCAUAUGAAGUGUCUGAAAACCUUUAAUCUUUAUGAUUGCUCCAGCCUUGAGAUGUUUCCAUCGAUUUCAGAAGGUAUUGAGGGGUUAGAAGAGCUUGAUUUAUCCGGGUCAAAAAUUAAAGAACUACCCUCGUCAAUUAAUAAUCUCACGGGGUUGAAUCAUUUGAACCUAUCAAAUUGUCAAAAACUUAAGAGUCUUCCAAGCAGCAUUCGUAUGAAAUCUCUCAAAACCUUUUAUUUUUAUGGUUGUUGGAAUCUUGAGAUGUUUCCAGAUAUUUCAGAAGUGAUUGAGGGGUUAAAAAUUCUUGAUUUAUCAUGGUCAAAAAUUAAAGAAUUGCCAUCAUCAAUUAAUAAUCUCACAGGAUUGAAUCAUUUGAAACUAAAAAAUUACAAGGAACUUAAGAGUCUUCCAAGCAGCAUUUGUCAGCUCAAGUCCCUUGUCUCUCUCUCUCUUUCCGGUUGUACAAAAUUUGAGGUGUUUCCAAGCAUUAAAGAAGAUAUGGAAGGAUUAAGAGAGCUUUUCUUGGAUGGAACAUCUAUCAAAGAGCUUUCCCCCUGGAUUGAACGGCUUACGGGGCUUCAGUAUUUAAAUCUGAUACACUGCAAAAGCCUUGUAGGUAUUCCCGACACGCUCCGUGUUCGCCCCAACCCUCCAAUUUCUAGGGGUUUUGGGUACUCUGUUUGAAGCAAUCAAUCGGACACUAUGCCCCAUUGCGGCGGCUUUGGUGGAAUUGGCGUUGUCAGAUGGCUAGCCACGGCCGCAUAUUUUGAAAUCCCAAGAGGUGGCAUUUUCCAAGGAGAGGUACAUAACUCCACCGCCGGAUUCUAUUGAUUUGUGCUUGUGCAGAAACUGUGAAGAUGUUGGUAUGUCAAUUCCCGUUGCUAACUUGCUAAUGCCACCGUUGCUCCUCCAAUUUGGGUGAAAGGGAAGAUAUAUGAGAUUGGAUCGUCUGGAAUUGGCAGUCUAAAAGGGCGCAUCAAGAGGAGGAAUAAAUAAAAGCCUUAACGAUUUCAUCUUCCUAUUUGGAAGAAUGUCACUUCUUCCUUUGCAAAUCGCGACAGCGGCGACCAGAGCCUUUCUUCCAGACCAGUGCCCUUCCGUCCCAGCUUUCCUCAUCAGCCUCUUGACCUCCGAAAUCGCCUAAAACUCGACUGAAUUUUACAGAAUCGGUUGCCGUCAUUCACCGCUACAGUCCCUCACUGCACAGCUCAUUGAGCUUUCUGGGUGCUCUUGCUCCGAGCACACAAUUCAGACGAAAGAUGGGUACUUCCUGGAUUUGAGAUGUGAAGGACUAACAGGAGUCGUGUUUGUUAGUGUAAUUUCUGUACGGUUGAGAUGUGAAGAACUAAUGAGAUUGCUCUGGUGGGGAUUGUUCCCCGUAACUGAUACGUGAGUAAAAUAUUGAUUCUCUGGACGCCUGAUUAGUGAAAAGCCUUACUUUCAUAGCUCCUUCUAAUUUUUUCAACAUAUUGGUCCUACUAAGUUGAUUAUUUUAAAUUUUGAAUGUAUAGCUCACUAUUUGGUGCCCCCUGAUCUGAAGUUUUCAGGUUCUGUUGAAAUUUCCUUUCUUGAAACUAACUAUUGUGUAAAUUGAUGAACAUCCAUCGGAUACAUUUUAAAUUAGGCUCUAACCAGGUGAUGCAUGGUUCUUAAAUUCUCCAGAAGAAUCGCUGGAAUUUGUCUUUGCAGAUGAAGGUUUCUAUGUAUGGGUAGGAAUUGUGCGUCAAACACAUUGGAGUUAGGGGCACAUCUUUAUCAGAAAAGAAUAAGAUUUAUGCUUUACUGUAGGAUUUUUGGGAUUGGAGUUGGCAGGAAUUGGCUCGAUUUGAUCUGUCAGAAAUGAUACGCUGCAUAUAUUCGACAACAAGCUCCGAAGUCUUUGUUGUUGGACAUUCACAGGGAACAAUCAUGUCUUUAGCUGCUCUCACCCAGCCGGAUAUAGCUGAAGAAGUGGUUGAAGCCGCCGCUCUUUUCUGCCCAAUAUCAUACUUGGGAGCAUAUCACUUCAGAAUUUGUUAUCUUCUGCACAUUAUAUGCAGCGAAUGGGUAGUCAACCUUUUGGAUUCAAUAUGUGAUGGCUAUGUUAACUGCUUGGAGUGGUUGUAUUUGAUUUUGCUUUUGAUUGUCGAGGUUUCAGUACUAUGUUCCCAUGUUGUAUGUUUUUUUGUUUUCAGAGUAAUAUAAUAUGGGCGUGAGGGCCUAGCCCCCCGGCUUCGACUGGGUUCCAACCCUCUUUAAA